AUGUGGACAACAGCUGAAUUUGUUCUAUUCCAAAAACAAUUAUUUAAUAUUUUAGUACCGAUUAUCAUUAUUAUUGGUAAUUUUGGAUCUAUUCUUAAUGUAAUUGUUUUUUCAAUCAGUAAAAAACUUCGAUCAAGUCCAUGUUCACUUUAUUUAAUAUUUGCUUCUAUUGGAUUUGCUCUUUAUUUAAAUAUUGUAGCUUUAUUAAGACUUCUUCAAAUUGGUUUUAAUAUUGAUCCAUCUUCUAAAUGGUCAUGGGUUUGUAAAAUAAGAUUUUAUGCCGUUGGAUUUUUAUUAAUGUUACCUCGAUCAUAUAUGUUAUUAGCUGCUAUUGAUAGAUAUUUAAUGAGUAUAUCAAGUCAACAUCGUUUUUUAUCUCAUCGUAUCGCUUUAAAAAUGAUAUUAUUAACAUGUUUAUUUUGGAUGAUAAUAUGUGUUCAUAAUAUAAUUUAUUAUGAUAUACAAAUAUCAUUAAAUGGAACAAAUCCUAUUUGUUCAAAUCCAUCAGGUACAUAUUCAACAUUUCUUAGUUUUUAUUCAAUAUUAAUAAAUGGUCUUUCAAUGCCAUUAUUAAUGACAAUAUUUACUUUAUUAACACUUCGAAAUCUUAAACAUUAUCGUAAUCAAAUUCAUAAUAAUAGUCUUAUUAUUAUUUUACAAAGAAGAAAAAAACAAGAAUGGUCAAUACUUCGAAUGAUUCUUGUACAAUUAAUUGUCAAUGUUAUUUUAUCAUUACCUAUAACUAUUUAUUUAUGUUACAAUGGUUUAACACAAUAUAUUCAAAAAUCAUCAAUUAGAAUUUUUAUUGAAAAUUAUAUUUAUAAUAUGUUAACUAUUUUACAAUAUUUAAAUGCAGCUGCAUCAUUCUAUGUUUAUUCAUUAACUUCUCAUAUAUUUCGUAAAGAAUUAUAUUAUCUUGUUGCUUAUUAUUCAAAUAAAUUAAAACAAUAUGUCAUAAAUUAUUCAACAGCAUUAUUUACUCAAAUGACUCUUACUUUCACAACAUAA